GCGACGAAUGACGUUAUUUAAGAUAUUUCUUGAAGCGGGGGGACCAAAGGUUUCAGCUUGAGAAGACGAUGAAGAUUCUUCCUGGUGGCGGGGCUGAUGAAAGUAAAAUACGCAUUGAACAACCAGAGGACAUGUCGUCUCACCCAGAGGUGGGUUCAUUUACGGGUGGAGUUAGUGCUAAGGGCUUUGGAAGUGAGAUAUCCGUGAUGUCGUUUGAUAGUGAGACGCUUCAGAGAUACGCUACUAUCAGAUCAAGAGAAGCAGUUGGGAUCAUUGAGAAGCACACCGAGGCGUCGUUUGGUAAGCCUGAGAUUGUAAGCACACCGCAAGGCACGGGGUAUUCACCCAAGGAUGAGCAGAUAAAGAUCAGCUUUGUGGAAUGAAGAGGCUUGUCUUGGAGGCUGUGACUUUUUUUGGGUCGUUUCUUUGGGAUGUUGAGAGUCAUGUAGAUGUUAGGUACCAGUUUGUAUUGAACUAGAAAAAUGGUCUGUAAUGCAAAUGACUAACUUAUGUAA